AGUGGCCGUCCUGUGUCGGUACACAACGAACGUCUACAAUGCGCGCGUUCCUAGUCAUUUGUCUGUUGUUUAUUCACUCCGCCUGGAGCCACGAAACUGUGGACGAGGAGUUUAUAGGAUGGCAUCAGAAGGUUGGCAUGAAAAAUGCUGAACUUAUAAAGUUGUCUGAAGAAGUGACGCUAAACAGUCGCAUCGUGGGAGGUGCUGUUGCUCCGGUCUACGCUCACCCUUACCUCGCUGGUCUACUCAUCGACAUCAUAGGCUUCUCCUCGCCCUCAGCAUGUGGAGGAACGCUUCUUUCUGCAAAUAGAAUCCUAACAGCGGCUCACUGCUGGUUCGACGGAUUUAAUCAAGCUCAUCGCAUUACUGCUGUCUUGGGAUCCCCGUUCUUAUUCCAUGGAGGUGUACGAGUAUUUCCAAGUGCCAUUGCCAUCCACCCAACUUAUGACUUUCGAACAUUCGCCAACGACAUAGCAAUGUUGUAUUUACCCGUCCACAUACAAUUUUCUGGCCAAAUUCAACCGAUAGCAUUACCAUCAGGAUCGCUUCUGCAUAUGGACUACACAAACGAAACAGUUAUCGCUGCUGGCUAUGGAAGAUACUCCGAUGUAACUAACCCCACGACCAACACAAUGGCUCGAAAUGUUUUGCUGGAAGUGAUAGAACUACAAAAAUGUCGCUCCUACUACGGUGACUUGGUGUUAGAUUCAAACAUUUGCACAAACGGCUAUGGAGGAGUUGGUAUUUGCCAGGGCGACUCAGGGGGACCUUUGACAAUAAAUGUUAAUGGAGAGCCAGUCUUGAUCGGCGUGAGUUCAUUUGUGGCACGUGAUGGAUGUGAAUUACAGUUCCCUUCUGCAUUCGCUAGAGUCAGUAGUUAUAUCAACUGGAUACGCGUUCAAAUAUAAAGUCAACACAAGUAAAACUAUUAAAUCCAGGACCCACUUUAAAAAAACAUUUUGUUUAAUUUAACUUCCCAAUGACGCACAAAUACAAUCUUUAACAGCUACCAGCCUAGUGUUUAAGAUCUGCAUCAACUAAAGCCAAAGAGAAUCUAAUAAAACAUCUAAAAUUUUCA